AUGAUAACAAAUAAUAAUAACAAUAGUGAUAAUAAUACUAGUUCGGUGGAUCCAUCAAUAAAUGUUGAGGAGUUACCGGAUUCCAAAAAACAAUUGACUGAAGAUGCGAUUGAUCCUACGCAACAACAAGAACAACAACCCCAAUUAAUGGAAAUAGAUGUUGAAACCAAUCAAAUUAUAAAUGAAAAUGGAUUUGAAAACCAUGGUGUAGCCAGUCCUGAAGUGAUUGAUAUGACAGGUGAUGACGACUAUGAUGUUGACAACCACAACAAUAACAAUCACAACCACCACAACAAUAUCACCAUUGAAGAUGAUGACGAUAAUGUGGUUGAUGAUGGUGACGACGAGGAAGACGACGACGACGACGACGAUGAUGAUGAUGAUGAUGACGAUGAAAUACAAAUAAUUAAUUCAGAACCUAAUAGCAAUGUCGUUGCUCCAAAAAAGUUUACUCGUAAUUUCCCACUAGCUAAUGAUUUUAACGCUCUUGCAGCCAAACUAAUGAAACCCAUUGAAGACUAUCCCACAAAAGAAGAAACCUAUUAUGUUUGGGAAAUAAAGGAUUGGGCACAACUUUUAAAGGAAGAAAAAGUCCGAUCACCAAAAUUUAAAUGUGGGGGAUUUGAAUGGAAUAUUUUAUUAUUUCCUCGUGGUAACUCACAAAAUAAUAAUCUAUCAAUAUAUAUGGAACCUCAUCCACCAGUUGAUGAAAAUGAUAAACCAUUAGAUGAAAAUUGGUAUGUUUGUGCUCAAUUUGGAUUGGAUAUUUGGAAUCCAGCUCACCCAGAUGCUCAUUUACCAAAUCAAAGUCAUCAUCGAUUUACUAAAAAUGAAACUGAUUGGGGGUUUAGUUCAUUAAUAGAAUUGAGACAAUUAGAACAAGUCAAUAAUCCAAGAAAUCAAUCGUCAAUGUAUGCCAUUUUGGAAAAUAAUAAAUUAAAUAUCACUGGGUUUGUUCGAGUUAUAGAUGAUUCUUCUACCGGGGUAUUAUGGCAUUCAUUUUUAGAUUAUGAUUCUAAGGCAAAUACUGGAUACGUUGGUUUAAAUAAUCAAGGAGCUACAUGUUAUUUGAAUUCAUUAUUACAAAGUUAUUUCACAACUAAAUUAUUUAGAAAAUUAGUGUACGAAAUCCCCACCGAUCUGAAAUCUGCAGGAGUACCUUUGUCAUUACAAAGAAUUUUCUAUUUGUUGACCAAUUCAAAUGAUCCGGUGGGGACGUUAGAAUUGACAAAAUCAUUUGGUUGGGACUCGUCAGAUGCAUUCACCCAACAUGAUGUACAAGAAUUGAAUCGUAUUUUGAUGGAUAAAUUAGAAACUGCUAUGAAAGGGUCGAAAAUUGAAGGUGCAUUAAACGAUAUAUUUGUGGGGAAAAUGAAAUCUUAUAUUAAAUGUGUAAAUGUUCCCUAUGAAUCGUCACGGGUGGAAGAUUUUUGGGACAUUCAAUUGAAUGUUAAAGGUUUCCAAACUCUCAAACAAUCAUUUCAAAAUUAUAUUGAAAUUGAAAUGUUGGAAGGUGAAAAUAAAUACCAAGCAGGUGAAGAACAUGGGUAUCAAGAUGCCAAAAAGGGGGUUGUAUUUGAAUCAUUCCCACCAGUAUUGCAUUUACAAUUGAAACGUUUCGAAUAUGAUUUUAUGGUUGAUGAUUUAGUUAAAAUUGAUGAUUUUUAUGAAUUCCCCGAUAAAAUUGAUUUGAAACCAUACCUUGAUGAAGAUUUACCAGAAGAUGUGAAAAACCAAAAUUGGAAUUAUAAAUUGCAUGGUGUGUUGGUGCAUCAAGGUAGUAUUUCCAAUGGUCAUUAUUAUGCCAUGAUCAAACCAAAUGCUAAUGAUGAUACUUGGUUAAGAUUCGAUGACGAUAAAGUUUGGAAAGUUAAUAAAACUCAAGUUUUCCAAGAGAAUUUUGGUGCUACUGAUUUGACACAAGAACAAUCACAACAAAUGACAAGAGCUGAACAACAAGAACAUAUGGUGAGAAGAGUAACGUCGGCAUAUAUGUUGGUUUAUUAUCGUGAAUCUGAAUUAGACAAAAUUUUACCAAGUGAUGAUAACAUUGUCAAUUCUGCCAUUCCUGAACAUAUCCCCAAACAAAUUCAAUUUGAAAUUGAGGAACGUGAAAAAUUGGAAAAGGCAAGACAAGAAGCCUUGUAUUAUACAACUGCCAAAUUGAUAACUUCAUCCACAUUCAAUGCCAAUCUUGGAUUUGAUCUUGCCUUGGAUCCAACGAAUAAUAAAUUUUAUGAUGAAUCCUUGAGUGGUAGUGCAUGUGACCCUAUAUCGUUGAAAGUAAGAAAAGAUAGUACAUUUACUCAAUUGGUUGAAGCAGUGGGCAAAACAAUUAAAUGUACUAAUGAGAAAUUAUUUAGAUUAGUUGCCGUUUGUCAUAGAAAUAACCAUACCAAUAGAUUGGAUGCUCCCAUUGGUGAAGAAUUUCAAAAAUCAACGAUAAGUAAUGUUUAUUCGAAAAUAUUUAAUCGAAAAUAUGAUGAAAUGGUUUUUUAUGUUGAGGAAUUGAAUAAAGACAUUAAGAAUGUUGUUCAAUUGGUGAAAAAUAAGGAUAAUGGUUACAUUGAACCUAAAGAUUUUACAUUUGAACAAGUGUUUAGUAAAAUUGAUGCUGUUGGUACUGAUAUUCAUCCGAAUAUUGAAUUUAAAAAUACCGAAGAGUAUUCUAAUUAUGUUACUAUAGUUAUCAAAUAUUUUGAUCCUGUAUCACAAGAAAUUAGAGGAUUAUCACAUAUUACUGUGGCCAAAGAAGAUAAGAUUGAUUCAAUUAUAGACCCAAUCCGUGAAUUACUUGGAUUUAACAAAAAUAUCACUUUAGAAUUGUAUGAAGAAUUAUCACAAUCAAAAGUUGAAAAGAUUGAUUCUAAAUUAACUUUUGAAAAACAUGAAUUGAAUAGUGGUGAUAUCAUUACUGUUCAAAUUGUCAAUCCAGGUGAAAUCAAUAAAAAUGGUAAAUUUAAAGAUUUGAAAGACUAUUAUAAAUUUUUGUUAACUAGAUUGCAUGUUAAUGUCAGACCAUUUAAGGCAGAAAUUGAUGAAGAAGAUUCUGAUUUCAUAGCUCAUGAAGACGAUGAAGAUGAAGAUGAAGAAAAUAAAGGAGGUGAAACUAACAAUGGCACUGGUUAUGGUGGUAAGGGAAAUGGAAAAGAUACUGAAAAAGAUAAUAAAGCUACAAAUGAUGAAAUUCAAUUGGCUAAAAAUUUGAGUAAAAGUUUUGAUUUUUGGAUUUCGACAAAUUAUAGUUAUCAAGAUUUAGCAAGAGAUAUUGCUGUUAAAUUAAAUUGUGAUCCUUUAUAUUUAAAAAUAUUUAUAUUAACUGCUCAAGGUCAACGAUUCCCAUUAAAGACAAGUCAUCAUUUAUCUCAAUUAUUCCCCAAGACGGUAUCAGUCAAUCAAAUUGUUGAAAUUGAAUAUGAAAUACUUAAUAUUCCAUUAAAAGAUUAUGAGAAUUUGAAAGCCAUUAAAAUCCAUUGGUUAACGACAUUAUUACAAUAUCAAGUAUUUGAAGUUUUAGUUCCUAAACGUGGAACUAUAGGUGAUGUUAUUACUAAAGUUUUACACAAGGUUAAUGUAUCGGAAUCGGAUUUACCUCAUUUAUUUGUUUGGUCAGGACGAAAUCAUAAAUUUCAUGAGAUGCUUAAAUUUGAUAGGGCAUUAAGUACAAUUUCUGAUGAUGUUGAUUUAUUUUGUGGGAUUUUCCCAGCUGAAGUUGAAGUAUUAUGUGAUCAUGAUAUGUAUAAAAGAUUUACUGAUAAAGAAAUUGAUGAAACAAAAUUGGAAGAAUCAAUUCAUGAAGAAUAUUUAGAAAGUAUUAGAUGGAGUAAAAAAUUAAAUCUUUUACCAGCAUUUCAUUUUCAUAAAAAUAAUAAUUAUCAUCAUGGAAUUCCAUUUAUUUUUAUAGUUUUCCCGGCUGAAACGUUAAAUGAUACGAAAGAACGAUUAAGGAAAAAAUUAAGAUUAGGAAAACAAGCAUUUGAUAAAGUUAGACUUGCAUUAGCUGAUAAUAAUAAUAGAAUCAAAUAUUUGGAAGAUGAUUCAUUGGUAUUGUUUGAUGAAGUUGCCAUUAAACUGUAUAGUUUGGCUAUUGAUAAUGUUGAUAGAAAUCCUAAACGUCAAGCAUUAUUUGAAAAAGGGAUUUCCAUCAAAUAA